UUACAAGUUGGCAACCCCGGGGAUUAAGCUGCAUUAAUUAAGCAUCCAUUAAUGCUUUCGCAUAUUUGAAUUUAGCACUCAAUAAUAGCUAAUCCGCAAUGGAGCGGUCACAUGGUAAAAAUCACAUGAUCGUGAAGUCACGUAGCCGCUACCAUUUUGGGAUUUGCUGACGUUUCCUCUCAGCUUUUAAAAAAUGGCAGCCUACGGAGUCAUCUCUACGUUUGUAUUGAUUUUGACUUUGUGCGGCGCUCAGGAGAAAUCGAGCACAGAAGAGUUUGACGUGAGGCCGGGAGGCCUUCAGCACAGCUUCACUAGUAAAUUGGAUGACUACUCCUGCACUUUCACAUAUGCGUCUCAGGGAGGUACAAAUGAGAAAUGGCAUAUGAGUGUAGGUCUGAGUGACGAUAAUCAACAUUUUUCCUGUUCUAUAUGGAGGCCUCAGGGAAAAUCGUAUUUGUUCUUUACAGAAUUCAAAGCAGAAAUCACUGGAGGGAAAAUAGAAUUUAGUGAAGCCUAUUCUCAGACAUCUUCUGGUGGCGGCAGUGAUGUAAAGCUGAAGAGGUCAGAAUAUGAUGUUACUGAUAAUGUUGUAUCUCACAGACCUGGUUCCUUCUCAUCUGCACUCUGCAAGCUUGUCGUUGUGGCACGUUCUGAGCAUGAUGAAUUGUGAGAAAAAGUGAAAUGCAAAAUACUGCAAGUGUGAAGUCAGCAGUUCAAUGCAUUCCGUAUUGCCCCAGUGGGGAAGUUAUAUAGUGGACAUUUUACAUUCUAAUAAUAAAAUGAACUAAAUAA